AUGAGCACUUCGACGCAGGUCAGGACCUCGUCCACAACCAAGAUAAUGUCUCCCACCAUUCUGGCCAUCGACGACUCUGCGGCCGCCGAGGCCCUUGGUCCCAUUGGGUUGCCUGCCAAGCAGGUCCCCGAAAAUCCAAACUCCGUAGCUUCGAGGGCACCCAAAGUGCAGCGUCCGCGACGCAUCACAUUCAAAGACAUCGCCGACAAGAGGACCAGGGCCGGCAAGCUCGUCGCCCUCACGGCAUCGGGCUCGGACAGCGAGAUGUUCAAAGUUGCCGCCGCCGGCCAGAAGCCCCAGGCGAGGCGUUGGGACCAUCUUCUCAGCCAGGAGUCGGCCAGCCGCAAGCCUUGCAGGCUCAAGCAGGCCGCCCUCAACCUGAAAAAGCCCGGCAUUAUUUCUCUCGGCGGCGGCCUGCCCUGCCCAGAAAACUUCCCCAUCGAGUCCAUCUCGAUGCGCGUCCCCUCGGUCAGCGGUGGCUUCUCGGAAGCCGACACCCGCGCCCACGGUCAGGACGUCACCGUUGGCAAGUAUGACGUCCAGGAACAGGCCGAUGACCCCAACGGUGCCGUCUACGACCUCAGCAUAGCGCUCAACUACAGCCAGGCCAUUGGCUCGGCUCAAAUGAUGCGCUUCGUCACGGAGCACACGGAGCUCGUCAACAACCCGCCGUAUGCCGACUGGCGCUGCGCAAUGAGCAUCGGCAGUACGGGCGCGCUGGAGAUGGCCCUACGCAUCUUUUGCGACAGGGCCAGGAACGACUCGAUGCUGACCGAGGAGUUCAGCUUCUCGACGGCCGUUGAGACGGCCAUGCCUCUAGGAGUCAAGGUCAUUGGUGUCCCGGUCGACGGCGAGGGCCUGAUUCCUGAGAAGAUGGACGAGAUUCUGAGGACCUGGAAGCCCGAAGAGAGGAAGGGAGCCGCCAAGCCGCACGUGCUAUACACGGUCCCCUCGGGUCAGAACCCGACAGGUUCGACGCAGAGUGAGGAGAGGCGGCGGGCUCUUUACCAAGUCUGCCGCGAGCACGAUGUCUACAUAAUCGAGGACGAACCGUACUACUAUCUUCAAAUGCCCCCUUACCGCGGCCGGGACACGAAGCAGCAGCAGCAGCAGCAACAGCAGGAGCAGUCCACCGACGCCGAAGAGACCCCUGAGCAGUUCCUGGAGAGCCUGGUUCCUUCGAUCCUCAGCAUGGACGUCGACGGCCGCGUCAUGCGAUUGGACUCAUUCUCCAAGGUAGUCGUUCCGGGUUCUCGCAUGGGCUGGGUCACGGCAUCAGAGCAGAUCAUUGACCGCUUCAUCCGGCACGGCGAGUCGUGCAACCAGGGGCCCAGCGGCAUAGCGCAGGUGGUGCUGCACAAGUUGCUGGACGAGACCUGGGGUCAUGAGGGCUACAUUCGCUGGCUGAUGAACGUACGUGCAGAGUACACGCGAAGACGAGACAUCCUGCUGGCUGCGUGCGAGGACCAUCUGCCGCGGGAGGUUGUCGACUGGGAGGUUCCCAAGACUGGCAUGUUUCACUGGCUCAAGGUUGACCAUACCAAGCACCCACGUGCCUCGACUAUGAGCAUAUCGGAGAUGGAAGCGGAGAUAUUCAAAGACUGCAUCGACAAGGGCGUCCUGGUGGCGGCCGGCUCCUGGUUCAUGGCUGACCACGACGCAGAGCCGAGCGGACUCUUCUUCCGCGCCACGUUUGCAGCCGCUACCUCUGACAACAUGAUUGAAGCUACUCGAAGACUCGGUGACGCCAUCCGGUCUAGCUUCCAGUUGAGCUGA